ACGAGUAAGGGCUAUAACAAUCAAGAUAACCUGGCUUGACGCACUUGUAGACGCUGUCGAAAUGGAUUCCCAAGACAGUUCCGUUCCGAGUUUCAGAGAGAAUACUUGCAAAGAUGGAGGCGACUUAUCAACUGCUCGUAAUCUUGGCUAUUGUUUUUGGUCAUCUGCAGUUCCAGUCUAUGGUACUAGCUGGCCCUGGUUUCCGUAGUCCAAAUGCUAAAAUCUUCACGCCCGCCCGCACCUAUGGCGGGGGAUUCAAUCACUCGACGGUUAACUCUUUCAAAAAUACCAAUUGGACUGCGCCGGCGGUUCACCAACCUGUCCUCCAGGCACCCGGAUUUACAAUACCUGCUCAGAACCGAUCGUGGGCUCACACUCAUCAGGGUACUCAUGGCGCCUUUCCAGGUAGCGUUCCAGCGCAAGCAGCAGGUCUUUCCAGUGGCUGGGCGUCCAGCAAUAAUCACCAACCAGGAGGAGUAACUGGCUUUUUCCAACCAAACCCAUCCCAAGGCAAUGUCGGAGUUCCAGCAUUUGUCUUUGCCAAAAAUAAUGGAACGUUUUACUCAAAAAAUAGCACAAAAGUCUAUGGAAGGACUAAUCCUUAUGGAAACCUUUCCAUUUGAGCAAUUAUGAAACUUUCCCAAUAAACCAAAUUAUAAUUUUCAUUCUUUUCAAAAAUCAA